CAGCAUAAAGCUCCUUUCAUAGAGGAACUUGAAGACCAGAUGCAGAAACUUCAUGAAGAACGAGCUGGAGCUAUAUUAGAAAGAAGAGCGGCUGAUAUUGCUGAUGAAAUGAUGGAACUGGAAGCAGCUAUAAAUGCUGCAAUGUUAGUUUUUAGUAAAAGUGGUGGCAGUGCUGCGAUGACUGAAGCAGCAACAAGUGCAGCUCAGGCUGCAUCUGCUGCCACAAGAGAAUCAAGAAAUCUUCCGGUGAAAUUAGAUGAAUUUGGUAGAGAUGUAAACGUGCAGAAACGGAUGGAUAUGACAAGAAGGGCAGAGGCACGACAACACAGGAAAGCACAAUCAGAUUCUAAGAGAAUGAUGUCUAUGGAAAAUGAUAAUUCCUAUCAGCAAAUAGAAGGAGAAUCAAGCACGGAUGAAAGCGAUAGCGAGAGUACAGCAUACCAGUCAAACCGUGAUCAGUUGCUUCAGAUUGCUGAACAGAUUUUGGGUGAUGCAGCAGAGGAAUAUUCUCAACUUUCAGUUGUUAUAGAAAGGUUUGAAAGAUGGAAGAAAGAGUAUUCAUCAAGCUACCACGACGCAUAUAUGUCGCUAAGUGUACCUGUUAUCAUCUCUCCAUAUGUAAGAUUGGAGCUGCUGAAGUGGGACCCACUUCAUGAAGAUGCUGAUUUUAUUGAUAUGAAGUGGCAUUCUUUAUUAUUCAAUUAUGGCCUUCCGGAAGAUGGCAAUAAAAUCAGUCCUGAUGAUGCCGAUGCUAACCUUAUUCCUGAACUGGUAGAAAAGCUUGCAAUUCCCAUUUUGCAUCAUCAGAUAGAAUUCUGUUGGGAUAUGCUCAGUACUCGUGAGACAAAGUACGCCGUUUCGGCCACAAAUUUGGUCUUUAGAUAUGUUCCACUUUCCAGUGCAGCUCUUGGCAACUUAGUGGCUAUUCUUCAUGACCGUCUAGCUCAUGCUGUGGAAAAUCUGAUGGUCCCAACAUGGAACACACUUGUGGUGAGGGCUGCGCCAAAUGCAUCACGAGUUGCAGCAUAUAGGUUUGGCAUGUCUGUUCGUUUGAUGAGGAAUAUAUGCUUGUGGAAUAAGAUUCUUGCGAUGCCUGUCUUGGAGAAGCUUGCUCUUGAUGACCUUUUGAGUGGAAAAGUUCUUCCUCAUCUUCGGAGCAUUCAAUCAAAUAUUCACGAUGCAGUCACCAGAACUGAAAGGGUCAUCGCUUCAUUAUCUGGUGUGUGGGCUGGCCCAAGUGUCACAGGGGAGCGCAGCUUGAAGUUGCAACCACUGGUGAAUUACUUGCUGAUACUUGGAAAGAUACUGGAGAAGAAGCAUGUUUCGGGUGGGAUGGAGACCGAGACCAGUGGACUUGCUCGUCGAUUGAAGAAGAUGCUGGUUGAGCUCAAUGAAUAUGACCACGCCAGGGCAAUAUCUCGGACCUUCAGUCUCAGGGAGGCACUGUGAUCUCUCUCUCUUGGCUGUCCAAAAGGUACUACUGCCUUGUAAUUCAAGGAGUUUUGUAGUCGUACAAAUUUUCUAAAACAAUCUUCUUUUGUGGUUCUUUUGUUCAAAAGUAGGGGUCAAAUGAGUCUUAUGAAAUCAUAAUACACCUCAAUGCAAGUUCAUUUACUCAUGUCCGAGUGUCUUGAUGAUUAGUCCACUGUUACUAUCCUCUUGAUUCAAAUCUAUAUCAUUAUAGCUUUCUUGCUUCUUG